GCGAGAUGGCGGCAGCGGCGGCGGUGGAGAAUGCGGUGGAGGCCGGCGGCGACCUGGAUGGUGGUGCGUGGUCCACCGUCUCCCGCUCCUCCUACUCCUCGACGGCCGUCGGCGGCGGGGUGGUGGCAGCGGAGAAGGUGGCGGAGGUCGCCGAGGGGCUGGCGGGGCUCGAGAUCGGGGACCGGAGGCUGGACAAGUACGACAUCCCGGUGGAGGUGAGCGGCGAGGGGGUGCCCCCGCCCGCGGUGGGGUUCGAGGGGGCCGGGCUGGUGGAGGCCGUGCUGCGGAACGUGGCGAGGUGCGGGUACGAGAGCCCCACGCCGGUGCAGCGGUACGCGAUACCGAUCGCGCUGGCCGGCAGGGACCUGAUGGCGUGCGCGCAGACGGGGUCCGGGAAGACGGCUGCGUUCUGCCUCCCCGUGGUGAGCGGCCUUCUCGCGGCGGGAGGGAGCGGGAUCGGGCCCCGGGAGAGGUCGUCGUUCAACCGCGCCGCCGCGAAGCCGCGCGCUCUCGUGCUCGCGCCCACGAGGGAGCUCGCCGCGCAGAUUAAUGAGGAGGCCAAGAAGUUCUCUUUACAAACUGGACUCAGAGUUGUUGUGGCCUAUGGAGGAACUCCAAUGUAUAACCAGCUGCGUGAUCUAGAGAGGGGCGCUGAUAUUCUCGUUGCUACACCUGGUCGCCUUGUGGACAUGGUUGAAAGAUCAAGAUUGUCUCUUGAGGCAAUCAAGUACCUGGUAAUGGAUGAGGCUGACAGGAUGUUGGAUAUGGGUUUUGAGCCUCAGAUAAGGAUGAUUGUUGAAAGGAUGAACAUGCCAAGAAAGCCUAUGAGACAAACUAUGCUUUUCAGUGCAACCUUCCCACCAGAGAUACAGAGACUGGCUUUGGACUUUUUGUCAAACUACAUAUUUAUCACUGUUGGGAGAGUGGGGUCGAGUACUGACCUAAUUAUGCAGAAAGUCGAACUCCUCUCUGAUGGAGAGAAACGAGGCUACCUGCUUGAUCUUUUGCAGAGGCAAUCUGUCGGUGUGGCUAACAGUAAGCAACCUCUAACGUUGGUAUUUGUGGAGACAAAACGGGAGGCUGACUCACUGCGUUACUGGUUGUACAGCAAAGGUUUCCCUACAACAUCAAUCCAUGGUGGCAGGACACAGCAGGAGAGGGAGAGUGCACUGAGAUCCUUUAAGACUGGCCACACUCCUAUAAUGGUCGCAACUGAUGUAGCCUCACGGGGCCUGGACGUCCCAAACGUUGCUCAUGUGAUCAACUACGAUCUUCCCAAGAGCAUAGAGGACUAUGUCCACAGGAUCGGAAGGACUGGGAGAGCUGGGAUGGCUGGAUCGGCCACCGCUUUCUUCACUGAGUCUGACCACUCCCUGGCGAAGGGCUUGCUCGAGCUGAUGACCGAGGCAAAGCAGGACGUGCCUGAUUGGCUUGUGCAGUAUGCCGCGAGGCCACACCAUGGAGGCUCAAGCUGCGGUGGAAGAGCACGGAGGUCCGGUGGCUCUGGCGGCAGGGAUUUUCGUCAGGGCAGUGACUAUCCUGACUACACUGGCGGUGGUGACAGCUACUCACGUGGUGGCAGCUUCUCAGGCGGUCGUGGUGGCAGCGGUCGUGGUGAUCGCGGUGGCCGCGGCUACUCAGGUGGCGGUCGUGGUGAUCGCGGCGGCGGCUACUCAGGCGGCGGUCGAGGUGAUCGCGGCGGCGGCGGCGGCUACUCGGGUGGAGACUCCUACAGAGGAAGUGCUCCACCCCCGCGUUACUACCCUUCUUACCCGAUGGGCACUGCCGACAUCAACGCCUCCGGCUGGAACUAAGCCGGGAUCGCAUGGCGUCGUCCAAACUUCUCGGUGCACAUACCGUAUAUACUAAAACCACCAUACCCAUGUUACCUAGUAGAGGGACCAAAAUGGAGUGGACGCACCUUGGUCUCUGCUGCGCUUUUGCCUUGUUGAUCCUGUCUCCGCGUGUUUGAUAUACCUAGAUCUAUUGGCUUUACCUCGUUGGUGCACAGUGGCAAGUGGCCCUGUUGGGAAGUUGGGGUUUUGGUUUUGGCAAGGGUGUGUUGGCUGUGACAUUGAGAUGAUCAGGCUCCACUUGGUGCUUAAACUUGUUGGUUUUUGUUAUUGAUAGUGGCUGCUGAUCGAUACUGCUAUAUUUACGGAUGUUUAAGGGGAAAGGACCAAUU